AUAAAGAAAGCCGUUCUCCGCCACAAUCUCCGAUGAGAUACUUCCUUCCGAUGGCCACGUAAACUUCUCCGUAUUUAAAUUCAAUAGUUAAUAGAUUUCGAGCUUACUAUAAUCCCAAAUCUUCUUCCAAUUCUACUGAUCUUCUGCCAUGGCGCUUCUCGCUUUCCCGCGCUCUCUCUCUCUUUCAUUCUCGCCGAGAACUGCACUUCUCAAUGCUGAGCUUCGAACUCGCCGAUGGUGCUCAUCAAUGUCGGUGAGGAUGAGCGUUGGGAGGACGACGGAGUCUAGUGCGGCGGCGGCGGACGACGGCUCAGCGAUUCUGUGGUACAAGCAUGACCUUCGAAUCGGCGAUCAUCCUGGUCUCCUCUCCGCUUCACAGCAUCAGACGCUCGUGCCUCUUUACGUUUUCGAUCACCGCAUUCUUUCGCGGUUUACUGAUGAAACAUUUGAAUUGCUUCUUUCCGCCCUGGGAGAUUUGAAGAGUUCGCUGAUGGAGCAAGGCUCUAAUCUUAUGAUCAGGUUCGGGAGUUCGGAGAGUGUUAUAGAAGAAGUUGUCAAAGAGGUUGAUGCUUCCAGUGUAUUUGCUGAGGAGGAGGUAGAAUAUGUUUUAUGCGAAGUGGUGAAUGGUGUGAAAGAAACCUUGGCCAGAAUAUCUUUUGCAGAGAGGAGAGCUAGAGUCGUUGUAUGGAAUACUCCAUUUUAUGAUAUUGGGAACAUGAAUGAUUUGCCAGCAUCAUAUGAUGAAUUCAUGAAAAAGAAAAUGCCCAUUACAUCACCCCACUCUUCUCCCAAAUUACCUAAAGUGCCAAUGGAUUUGUCAUGGGGUGCCUUGCCCACGUUGGAUGAUUUAAAGAAUUUUGUUGGCAGCAAUGCUGACACAUCAAAAGUUAAAUGGGCUUUCAAGUUUUCAGCUUGGAAUUGGCGGCAGAAAGAUCGAUCUCUAAGUUCUAUUAUUGAAGGUUUGCGGAAGACAAAAUCAAGUGAAGGCAAUCAAAUGGUUUCAAGUGAUGUUAGUGCCCCAAGGAAUAGAGUAGAAAAAUCAGCAUUUGCAACUGAGCAGGGAAACAUAGUGGCUGGUGGUACACAUACUGUGUUAAAUGCUCUUGCUGCAUAUCUCCGAUAUCUAGAGGGCACUGCUCGUGAUGAAUGGCAGGAGGUACAUGGAAAACUUCGUGAUGCUGAGACACGGGAAGGAGCAUCAUUUGGUACCCUUUUUGGGUAUGCACUGCUUCUUGGGAUUGUAUCUAGAAGAAGAGUAUAUUAUGAAGCUAUCAAAUAUGAGAAAGAAAGAAAUGGUGGAUUUAUAUCUCCUUUUGGAUAUUCAACAAUAACUGUUGCUGCAGCAAUUGAUACAGUCUGUUCGAUGGAGUGGUAUUGGCUUUUGGCUUUAAAAAGUCAAGCAACAGGCCAAGGAAAACUCUCUGUUAGGAUAUGGAGAUGGAAUGGCCAUCUGAUACAUUAUACAGUUGCUGGUGAUCGAGGCCCUGCAAUUAUGCUUGUUCAUGGUUUUGGUGCUUUUUUUGGGCAUUACCGUGACAACAUUAAUCCUAUAGCCAAAAGUGGGAACCGAGUAUGGGCAUUGACACUUUUGGGGUUUGGAAAAUCAGAGAAACCAAAUGUUGUGUACAGUGAAGUGAUGUUGGCUGAGCUGAUCAAAGAUUUCAUAGUUGAUGUUGUCAGAGAACCAGUACAUCUUGUUGGGAACUCACUUGGUGGCUACUUGGCUGCUAUUGUUACUGGUAUUUGGCCUGCUCUAGUGAAGUCUGUGGUCCUUGUGAACAGUGCUGGCAAUGUUGUUCCUGACUAUACAGCUUCACGAUAUUCUAAAGUUAGGCAAAAAUCUGGAGCAGCUUGGCUCGGUGCUAGAUUCCUUUCACUCUUCUUAAGAUUUAGCCUCCGGAACAUAGUUAGAGAUUACUAUCCAACAAGACGUGAUCGCGUGGAUGAAUGGCUUAUUUCUGAGAUGCUGAGAGCAUCAUAUGACCCCGGUGUGAUGGUAGUCCUGGAAAGCAUUUUCAGCUUUGAUCUUUCAGUUCCUCUUAACUAUCUUCUGCAAGGAUUUGAGGGAAGAAGUCUAGUAAUACAGGGAAUGAAAGAUCCACUAGUCUCUGACAAUUCCUCCAAGCUUGCCAUGCUUCGCGAACACUGCAAAGGAAUUCUAACCCGGGAACUAGACGCUGGUCAUUGCCCACAAGAUGAGAAACCGGAAGAAGUAAACUCCAUCCUGCAGGAAUGGGUAGCAACUGUGGAGGGUGAAGCUCUUACAGUCAGCCCACCAGAAUAUAAAUCUAUUAGGGAAGUGAUGUAAUUUUCAGUUCAACUAUAUACUGGUAGACUGUAUACUCAGCAACUAGGAAGCAUACAUACACUGGAUGGAUGGCUGGAUGCACUGCAAUUAUCAAGGUUUCCAGACAACCAUUUUCUUGUUGUUGUACCAUCAAUACAUUUGUUUUAUUUUGGUUAUGAUGGUUUUUUGUUCCCAGA